GAAAAACGAGGGAGCUAACUUUGCUAGCACGCUAGCCGACGCCGACUGGCGACUGACCUCCGUCUUGCAGCAGCUCAAGCAUGGCUUGUGUUCGAUCCCUCGGCGUUGUCUCAAAUUUGACAUUAAGGAGAUACGCUGCCGCACCAGGAUUUACCUGUCGAACCUUCUCAGUGGUCACGCCAAUGCUAGCUCGAACCCAUGUCAACUAUGAAGUCAAGCAAGACGUCGCCGUGGUUCGAAUCAACGACCCCAAUUCCAAGGUCAACACGCUGUCAGUCCAAAUGCAAAAGGAGCUGACGGAGGUGAUGAAUGAGGUGUGGGCCGACAAUGCCGUUGAAAGCGCCGUUCUCAUCUCAUCCAAGCCAGGGUGCUUCAUCGCGGGAGCGGAUAUCAAUAUGAUCCAGGCCUGCGGCAACGCCGAGGAGGUCACGACACUCUCGCAGGAAGGCCAGAAAAUGUUCGAGAGGAUCGAAAAGUCCCCGAAGCCCAUCGUGGCCGCCAUUAAUGGCUCGUGUUUGGGAGGAGGCCUGGAGUUCGCCAUCGCUUGCCAGUACAGGAUUGCGACAAAGAGCAAAAAAACUGUUCUGGGUACCCCAGAAGUCAUGCUGGGUCUUUUGCCGGGAGCUGGCGGCACACAGAGACUCCCCAAAAUGCUGGGUCUGCCCAGCGCCUUUGACAUGAUGCUGACUGGACGAAACAUCCGAGCUGAUAAAGCCAAGAAGAUGGGCCUCGUCGACCAGCUUGUAGACCCCCUUGGCCCAGGUCUGAAGAGCCCCGAGGAGAGGACCAUCGACUAUCUGGAGGAAGUCGCUGUGGAAUGCGCGAGAGGGAUCGUGGGCAAGAAGAUUCCGCUGGGCAAGGAGAAGAGCGCCAUGCAGAAGAUCCAAGACUACGUGAUGAGCUUCGAGAUGGUGCGGAACCAGAUUUACAAGACGGUCCACGGUAAAGUCAUGAAGCAGAGCAAAGGGCUUUAUCCCGCACCCCUCAAGAUCAUUGAAUGCGUGAAGACCGGCGUGGAGCAAGGUCCCGUUGCUGGAUACCUCGCAGAGUCCCAGAACUUCGGACACUUGGCGAAAACCAGCGAGUCUGCAGCCCUCAUCGGGCUCUAUCACGGUCAGGUCGCGUGCAAGAAGAAUCGCUUUGGGAGCCCCGCAAAAGAAGUCAACACUCUGGGAAUUCUGGGCGCAGGCCUGAUGGGAGCGGGCAUCGCCCAGGUGACGGUGGACAAAGGCGUGCACACCAUCCUGAAGGACACCACCGAGGCUGGGCUGGCCCGCGGCGAGCAGCAGGUCUACAAGGGGCUGAACGACAAGACCAAGAAGAGGAGCAUCACGUCCUUCGUGAGAGACUCUAUUUUGUCCAACUUGUCUGGCACGCUGGACUACAGCGGCUUCGAGAAGGCCGACAUGGUGAUCGAGGCCGUGUUUGAGGACCUCAAGGUCAAACACGCCGUCCUCAAGGAGGUGGAAGCUGUGGCUCCUCCCCACUGCAUCUUCGCCACCAACACAUCAGCUCUUCCCAUCAAGGACAUCGCCGCCGCCAGCAAAAGGCCAGACAAGGUCAUCGGCAUGCACUACUUCUCCCCAGUGGACAAGAUGCAGCUCCUGGAGAUCAUCACCACCGAGCAGACCUCCAAGGACACCACGGCGUCGGCGGUGGCCGUGGGGCUGAAGCAGGGCAAAGUCAUCAUUGUGGUCGGGGAUGGACCGGGAUUCUACACGACUCGCUGUUUGGCUCCCAUGUUGGCCGAAGCUGUGCGAGUAUUUCAGGAAGGGGCGGACCCCAAGAAGCUGGACGCGCUCACCACGAGCUUCGGCUUCCCCGUGGGCGCCGCCACGCUGAUCGACGAGGUGGGCGUCGACGUGGCCGCCCACGUGGCCGAGGACCUCGGCAAGGCCUUUGGGUCGCGCUUCGGCGGCGGCGACGUAGAGGUCCUGAAGACCCUGGUGGACUUGGGGUUCAAAGGUCGUAAAUCAGGAAAGGGCUGCUACGUGUACCAGCCGGGCCUCAAAACCAGAGAAGUCAACCCGGAUAUCGAGGAAAUCUUGGAGAAAUACAAACUCGCUCCCAAUCCUGCUGUUACAUCAGACCACGACAUCCAAUACCGACUGGUGUCUCGCUUCGUCAACGAGGCUGUGCUGUGUUUACAAGAGGGCAUCUUGAGCAGUCCUCUGGAGGGAGACAUCGGAGCCGUUUUUGGCCUGGGAUUCCCCCCCUGCCUCGGAGGCCCGUUCCGCUUCGUGGACACCUUUGGCGCCGACAAGCUGGUGAAGAAGAUGCGGCGCUACGAGGCCGUCUACGGUGAUCACUUCACGCCGUGCCAGCUCCUCCUGGAUCACGCCGGCGACCCCGGCAAGAAGUUUCACAAGUGAUUCCGCUGGUCACGUUUUGCCUGGCAGCACUUAACGUGACUGCAGUCUACCACAUCCACAACAAGGUGCCUCACGAGAACAAUAGGAUGCUUUUCAUUUUUACCGGAUCAACACACUCAUUUGAUGAUGUUUGGAUGUUGAACAUGCAUUAGAAUAUACUAAUUCAUCCUUGAAUGCAGCAUUUGUUCAUUUUGUACGUUAAGACUUUAUGGGUGGAUAAUGUAAAUGUAGGGCCUUAAAUAAAAUUUUGUU